CGCCCUCGGUCUGGGUGCGCAUAAUGCAGCGGCGGCAUCCUCCUCCCCAACUGCCGGGCUGCCCCAUUCUACAGUCGCUCGCUUCCAAACCACGCCGCCUCCGUCACCGGAGUCGCCAUCCCAUCACCCGAUGUCAACCCGCCACCAGCCGCCCCCCUCGCACGCACAUGCGCUCCCACCCUACUCCCACUCCCACUCCCACUUCUCCUCCAACCCGAACCACCGCUCGCUAGCUCCACCACCACCGCCCCAUGGCGUCCCCCUUCGACGACGACGGGCAGGUGGACGACGACGAGUUCUUCGACUACAACCCGCACCCCUACGGCGGCGGCUACGACAUCUCCGCCACCUACGGCGCGCCUCUCCCGCCCUCCCCCUCCACCUGCUAUCAACCCAUCUCCGCCCCCGCCAAUGUCCCCGCGCCGCCGGUCCCCGCGCCUGCUCCUGCUCCCUCCAUGCCUCGGAGCCCGAUUCCGCAGGACCCGCCGGCGAGGAAGCCGCCCCCGAGCCCAACCCCAAUUCCAACCCCAACCCCGGCGCCGGUGCCAGCGGAGCCUUAUUACCACUGGCCCAAGCCGCACGACUACGGGGACGCGCCGCGGUGGGGCCCGACCUACUACGCGACGCCGGAGGUGUUCCGCGGCUGGCCCUACCUGCCGCCGCCGACGGGGCCGCGAUGUUGUCGCUCCUCCCGGUGCGUGCCGCGGGACUACUGGAGGCAGUGCAUGCGCGGGCUGGACUACCUCUUCGGCCACGCCGACGGCUACGGGGAGCGCCGGAUCGGGGUCGACUGCCACGGCGUCCCCGUCUACGCCAACAAGAAGGGCGCGGUCGAGGACGCCGUCGUCGUCGAGGUGCCGCCGCCGGUGACCGGGCACGUGCAGUGGCAUGAACCCGGUGAGGCCCUGCCGCCGGAUCAGAGCAAUCAGUCAUCCUGGGAGUACGAUGAUGCGAAAGAGGAUACGUACGCGACUGCGCAGCCUACCUAUGAUACGUCAUAUGGACAGUCUUACAGUGAUCAUGGUCUUUCGGAUGAACCUCCUACGCUAUCCUGGUACGGUAGUGCAAAUGUGGAUGCAUAUGCGUAUGCCCAGCCUACCUAUGAUACAUCAUACCAACAGUCUUACAGUGUUCAUGGCAUUUCGGAUGAAUCUUCCUGGUUUCCUAAUCAGAGCUACCAGGAUGUUUACAAAGAGCAGGAAUCUCAGUAUCAGGAGGUUUUAUCCAGUUAUGGUGCAGAGAACACUAUUUCAGCUCAGCCAAUUUAUUGUUACAAUCAACACUUCAGUGAACAGCCACUGCAUAUUGAGGUUGAACCUCCGGAAACAGUUUAUUCUCACAAGUUGGAGUACCAUGAGAAUUUCUCAGCAUAUACCGAUCAAACAAAUACUGAUAACUUGGAGACAUCGACACCUUCAUGUGAGAUACAGCCCUAUGUAUAUGUACCCGACGUUCCACUUGAACCUUAUCAGCCUUCCUGGUCGAGGAAUUUGGGAUACUAUCAGGCCUGCACAGAAGAGGUGGCUCCUAAAUAUGACAAUCAUGCUUUAGAUUCUGGUGAAUAUGGAGAUAUGGCAAGCUUAUUUCCGUGUUCUUCCUAUCCUAAACCAGUAGAAGUUUACGAGCAGUCUUACAGUGAUGAGUAUGUCUCCUUGCAGCAAAAUUUUCAGAGUAACUGGAACAUAUUUUCUGAAGAUACCUCACAAAUCACUAGAUCGGUGAGCAUAAGGGGUGAUGAUUGCAACUAUCCGAAUGGCUCAUUCUGGCCCUUUGGAUAACACUCGACAUAUACUGUAGUCUAUAGUGUUGUAAUUUCACUUCAGGAUCACUUGUAUGGACAUUUUAAUUUAAUUUAUGUGGCCAAGUGUAAGUAAGAAUCUCUUUUAGCAAGAUAUUAUGUAUCAGACAUAUUCUGGGUAUGCACAAUGCAAGAUAAGUGACUGCAUUGCUGACCCUAGUAGCAUUUAUUUAUACAGUUACACUGAUUUUUGUUUUGUGUUAUAUGAUCAUGAUAUUUAUACAUUCUUUCUUA